GUGAGGUGAGCCCGAAGGAAAUGACUGGAGCCCAAACAAAGCACGAGCCGGGGAUGUAGUAUUACAAAUAAACACGUUUUGAUUAAUGGUGUUUUAACUGUGUGCUCGUGAGAAAACAUGCUCGCUCUGCCCAUUACGCACUCCAUCAGCUGGCGCGGCUGAAAGCUCCGCUCCUCUCUUCUGGAUUGUGGAUUGUGACAAGUGCCAGGACAGCAGCCCAACAGGAACAGGACUACAGCGACUCCAGGGACUGUCACUCCGCUGCUUUUUCAACGGGAGCUUCCUACAGUUUUCGCCUGACAGCGCACCUCCCGGAGCCAAGACGUUGUUCCGCGGUGACCCGGCUUGCCUCAGUCCGAGCAGCGCAGUCCGUGUGGGAAGGUCGGCACUCGGCGUCCUGCAGGCCGGAGACAUGAUGGUCCACUGUGCCGGCUGCGAACGGCCCAUCCUGGACCGGUUCCUCCUCAACGUGUUGGACAGAGCCUGGCACGCCAAGUGCGUCCAGUGCUGCGACUGCAACUGCAACCUGACGGAGAAGUGCUUCUCCAGGGACGGGAAGCUCUAUUGCAAAAUGGACUUUUUCAGGCGGUUUGGCACAAAGUGCGCGGGCUGUCUGCAGGGAAUCUCGCCAAACGACUUGGUGCGUAAAGCGCGCAGCAAGGUGUUUCACCUGAACUGCUUUACCUGCAUGGUGUGUAACAAGCAGCUGUCCACGGGGGAGGAACUCUACGUGAUAGACGAAAACAAGUUCGUGUGCAAAGAAGAUUAUUUGAGCUCCGGUGCCAUCAAGGAAGUCAACCUGAACUCAGUGUCGUCGUGCACAGACAGGAGUUUAUCGCCGGAUCUGCAGGACCCAACUCAGGACGACAUAAAAGAGACGGACAAUUCAACGUCCUCAGAUAAGGAAACGAACAAUAUUGAGAACGAGGAGCAGAACUCGGGGACCAAGAGGCGGGGGCCCCGGACCACCAUCAAGGCCAAACAGCUGGAAACGUUAAAGGCCGCGUUCGUCGCCACGCCGAAGCCGACCCGACACAUCCGGGAGCAGCUGGCCCAGGAGACGGGACUGAACAUGCGGGUGAUCCAGGUUUGGUUCCAGAACAGAAGAUCCAAAGAGCGACGAAUGAAGCAGCUGAGUGCUCUGGGCGCACGGCGGCAUGCCUUUUUUAGGGGCCCGAGGAGGAUGAGGCCCUUGGGAGGCAGGCUGGAGGAUGCAGACAUUUUGGGACCUGGGGCCUAUGGUUACUAUGGAGAAUAUCAAGGUGACUAUUACGGACCAGGGAGUAAUUACGACUUCUUCCCCCACGGUCCUCCGUCUUCACAAGCUCAGUCACCAGCCGAGUCCCCCUACAUCCUGGGCUCUGGGCCCGGGGCCAUGGAGGGAUCAGGCCACCACCCUUCAGAUGACCAAAGGUUCACGGACAUGAUCUCCCAUGCGGAAACCCCUAGUCCGGAGCCGGGUUUACCGAGCUCCAUGCAGCCUGUCCCCGGGGAAGCAUAUGGUGGCGGUCCCAGUCCCCCUUUCUCAUUGGCCAGUAACUCCAGCUACAGCGCCCCUAUGUCCCACCAAGGCCAGGAGAUGGGAGAAACCACAGCUUGGUAGAGGACGAACCACAGGGACUAUUCCUGGGCUGAAUGUCAGCCUUGUUAAUUCAGGAGAUGAACGAUGUGGGGG